AGCAACAAAUCUUAGAAGAAUUGAAUCAAAUUCAAGACUGCUGCUUACAACAAUGAAAGGUGUUGGAUUCCUUGUAGCAUUUGUCCUGUUGGCUUUGGCUUCCAAACUUGCCUCAGCAUCAGAUCCCAGCCCUCUUCAGGAUUUCUGUGUAGCAGUUAAUGAUGCUAAAGAUGGCGUUUUUGUUAAUGGCAAGUUGUGCAAGGACCCAAAGCUUGCUGUCCCAGAAGACUUCUUCCUUCAAGGGCUUAACAUUCCAGGAAAUACAUCAAACCCAGUAGGAUCCAUGGUCACUCCAGCCAAUGUUCAACAAAUACCAGGGCUCAACACUCUCGGCAUUUCUCUCGUUCGAAUCGACUAUGCACCUUAUGGAGGCCUAAACCCUCCUCACACCCACCCUCGUGCCACCGAAAUUCUAGUCGUCGUGGAGGGCACUCUUUACGUCGGCUUCGUUACAUCCAACCCGGAGAACCGUCUCUUCACAAAAGUCCUGUACCCCGGAGAUGUCUUCGUGUUCCCGGUCGGCCUCAUCCACUUCCAGUUCAACAUAGGGCACACCAAUGCAGUUGCCUUUGCUGGUCUCAGUAGCCAAAACCCAGGUGUUAUCACCAUUGCAAAUGCAGUGUUCGGCUCAGACCCGGCAAUCAAUCCCGACGUUCUUGCCAAGGCCUUCCAGCUGGAUAAGAAUAUCGUUAAGCAACUUCAGUCCCGGUUCUGGUGGGAUAACAACUAGAGGAAUGAAUUUCUAAACCCCAUGAAACCUACAUAGUAGGCUGGCUAAUUAUUUUCUGGAUAAUGUUGGACUUGUUUCUGUCGUUCAACUCAGUAUUCCUUGUUGAAAUAUUGAGAAAUAAACAAGUUUCUUAUGUACUUUGCUUUUGGUCGUAUAAUAAUAUGGUGUCUUCCAAUGACAAUUUAUUUA